AUGAAAGUUUUUAAUACAAAGCUUCAAACGGUAGUGAGAGAACAACUGACUGCGGAAGGGCAUCCAUUACCUUCAGAAGUUACCAUAGCAUAUAAUUUUGAAACAAAUGCAAUAGAUUUUAAAGUCAUCUCUGCAAAGAAGUCAGGUUUUACAUUUAAUGAAGCAGAUGUAUAUUCGAAUGAAAACUUCAAAGCUAUUGCAUGGUUAGAUAAUGACGAUUGCUUUAAGAAAAUCUUUAAAUUCAGUGACUCAAAGAUGUCAAUAGAUGACCUUCGUGGAAUGUUACCAUCGACGUUUACAGUUGAAGGUUCAGCAGGAUUGCUUACAAGAUUGUCAAUUGGUGGCAUUUGGUCUCGUGAGAACAUUGUUAUAAAAUCCAGUAUAAGUGAAUUUGCUGAAGAAUCUAUAUUAUGUCUUUCAAACUACAUGUAUUCACCACCGAAGCAUUAUAGUAUAACAAACUUUGUCAGUAAGUUUAACAUAAGACUUGUCGAACCUUCUUCAAUGAAAGAUGUUGUGCUACCUAAAGAUGGAAAGGAUGGACUCAUUAUUGAGAUGAUUUUAAUAGCAUAUUAA